AUGAGCCUUCCAUCCCUCAUGGAUUCGGCCCCUCCACCUAUUAUCGUAGAGAUGCAGGUGAUGAAGGAGCAGAUGGAGGUCAUGAUGAAUGCCCUCAAGGGACGAGUGUCCAAUGAUCUUGACGACCUAGUAAACAGAACUAACUCACCAUUAACUACCUCCGUCAACUCAUUCCCCUUGCCCCAGAAAUUCCGCAUGCCCCAGAUUGAAAGCUACAAUGGGGUCAAGGACCCCCUCGAUCAUCUAAAGACUUUCAAGACCCUGAUGCACUUUCAAGGGGUACCAGACAAGAUCAUGUGUAGGGCAUUCCUGACGACGCUGAAGGGCCUUGCGAGGGUUUGGUUCAGUAGAUUGACACCAAGCUCCAUCAACACUUUCAAAGAGUUGAGCGCCCAAUUCACCUUACACUUCAUAGGCAGACAUCGAUACAAAAGGUCCACCACAUGCUUAAUGAGCAUCAAGCAGCGAGAAGACAAGACGCUGCGGGCCUACAUAACUCGUUUCAACAAGGAAACCCUUUCAAUUGACGAAGCUGACGAUAAGAUACUCGUAGCUGCAUUCACUAACGGGCUGCAAAAGGGUAAUUUUUUGUUUUCUUUAUACAAGAAUGACCCAAAGACCAUAACGGACGUGCUCUACAGAGCCACCAAAUACAUGAACGCAGAAGAUGCAUUACUAGCCCGCGAAGAGAAACCUAAGAAGAGGGAGAGACAGGAGGACACACGACAAGAUAGGGGGCGAAAGGUUGCUAGAACCGAAGAUCAACAAGAUGAAAGGCAUCCUAGACCCCCCACUGGAAAGUUCACCAAUUUCACCCCAUUAACCGCCCCGAUAGAUCAAGUCUUGAUGCAAAUCAAAGAUGAAGGAGCACUGACGUUCCCUGGUAAAUUAAAGGGAGAUCCCAACAAGAGGCCAAGGGACAAGUAUUGUUGCUUUCACCGAGACCACGAGUACAACACAACCAACUGCUAUGACCUGAAACAGCAGAUUGAGGCCCUUAUCAGACAAGGGAAGCUACAGAGGUUCGUCAACAAAGAGAUUACUGAUCCGCCGCAGGAACAGGCCCCACGACGGGAGAACGAGCGCCCUAGACCACCUAUAUGGGACAUAAGAAUCAUCGUAGGGGGCACAACCGCAACCGGAUCUUCUAAAAAAGCCCGCAAAACCUACCUCAAAAUGGUCCAUAGCGUCCAACUUAUAGGAUUCGUACCCAAGAUGCCACGAAUAGAUAACCCCAUUAUCGGAUUUUCAGAGGAUGACGCUCGGAGACUUCACCAUCCUCAUGACGACGCACUUCAGCUUGCAAAUAGGGGAUUAUAA